UUUCACUACACCCAAGGAAAUGCAUACAUGAAAGAUGUUAUUUCUAAUCGUACAGUUUUAGCAUUAGCGCCUUCAACAAUAACAUUCCUUUCAAUUUGCUUGUCUUGUGUUAGCUUGAUCGAGGCUAAUUGGCAGCUAAUACUGUAGUCUACCGAGUGCGCAUCUCAGUGGUGUGCUCCGCCGGGGGACACACACGGUCAGCAAAGAGAAGCUGCUCUGUUAAGAAAAUGGCCGACAGAUUUUCCCGUUUCAACGAAGAGCGUGAUUUCCAGGGCGCAAAUCACUUUGACCAGUAUGAAGACGGCCAAGUGGAGCUGGAACAGGCGUCCCUGGACAAGCCCAUUGAAUCGAUAUUCUACCUGAACCGGUCGGACCGCAGCAACAGCUAGCACCAAAUCUGAAAAGUCAUCUGCACUAAAAGUAAAGCUGCAGCGAAAUGGCCGAUUCCCACUACUGUGUGGGUGGUUGGGGAAAAAAAAAAAAUAUACAAAAGGGCGAGAGGUGGCCUGCUUACCUGGCUUGAGUGGCUCUUCUGCUCCUGCGCUAUUAUUUAUGGAAGGAGGGGAGGUCACCGAGAGCUGUUACAGCAAGAAAGUGGUCCAAUUUAUCAACUGCCAUGUGCCUUGAUUGACAAACCCAGUAUUUUAAAGCCAGGUUCGUAUGGAAAUGCCUUCACUCCACUUGCACUGCUGUUGGACUCGCCGUCUUUGCUCUCAUCCGUCCGUCCGUCCUUCCGUCUGUCCGUCCAUCCUUUUUUGGUGCAACUCAUACCUGUCGCUCCGACACGCCGCCGCCACCUCAUCUCUUGCCGCCGGUCGCAAAUGUUGCCCUUCCUGUUUUUUUUUUUAAAUACUCGAAGAGCAACAAUGUGGAGCAUUCGCUACGCUAAAAUCAGGCCAUUCACUCGGGGAGUCUCUCGCUCCGAGCCUCUGCCCUAAAUCAAUAAAGAUGCUGUUGUAGCAUCAUCCUGCAGUAUUCCAACUCUGCAUUGCUCCCUAAGAUAUAAAAUGGCCGAUAUUGAAGAAUGACGACCUCAUGGGCGGAGAUGUUGUGCGUGCUGUGUGUAACCGCCACUUCCCUUCACAUGCACUAACCCGUCCAAAUCCAGUCCCCCCACUCCUCCCCAACUACCCAAAAAAGCCUCCCUCCGCCAUGGCUCAGCCUGCUCUCUACCGCCCCCUGUCUCAAGUAAAAAAUAAACGACGGGCCCCGUUGAGCCAUCACCACCUUCGCUGUGCCUGAGACUAACGCACACGUUGGUUUUGUUCGCACUCUCCCUACACUCCUUCCCGCUUCCUCAGUUGUAUGUGCAGUGUAGUACUAACACAAAACGAAGCUUUUUGUUGAGGCAAUUUUAACAAAAAGCCGCAUGCAGUUUUUUUCCCCUUUUUGUUCCAAUUCCCUCUACCUUCCGUUUUUGUGAAUGUCGUCGAUCUCUUUGUGAUUAUAAAUAUCCUUCAUGUUUGGUUUGUAUGUUUUUGCUCUUUUUUUUUUUUUUUUUUUUUUUGGUAGAAUGCAGCACUCUGAAUGUUAGACUGGAAUAGUUAUAAUCACAAUAGAACAACACUUUUCAUUCGGAAAAUGUCAUUGUUAUGUUUUUGUGCUUGAGGUUGUAACUGUAGUGUGUAGUGUUGGGACAGUCUUGCAUUUCGCGUCAUGCCCCCCCCCCCCCCCCCCUUUGCUGACAACACAAUCUCGGGAGACUUGCACAUUGUAGGAAUUCCUGUUGUGCAUGCUCCUAUCUUUGAUUCAUUUGCAUUUAGCAGAUUUUGACGUUAAUAUUAAACAUCCCAGAAGAUGUAGACGCCAAAAUAAGAUGGCCUCACAAUAAUUCAUAGAUAGUGCCCGUUGUCAUUGCAAGGUGACUGUGAACUACCUCGGCUGAUGUAUUCAGGCCAUUCAUUUAUUAAAAAAAAAAAAAAAAAAAAAAAAGAAAGGAUUUGCCCAACUAUGAAAGAGGCAUUUUUACAUGUAGAGGUCUCUCACUAAUAAUGACUUUGUCUAUGCAGAAAAUAUUUCUUAAAGAUGCGUUAAAAACAAGAACAAAAAAACAUGCACAAUGGGAAUUUCCAAUUAAAAAAAACCCCAAAACAAAAUAAUAAUUAGUGGGGCUACUUGCACACGUCGUCUCCCUCUUUUUCGGUCUGCACAUCCUUCCUUCACGCGUGCGCAUUCUGUCCACCCCCCCGGGCCUUGUAAUGGUAAUCCAAGGCCCCGCUAGCACCACUCCUGUCUCAUCCUCUUGCUUUUAUUUUGUAUUUGUCCUUUAUUUGUGACAGCUACGUGUUUCAUGGUGCUACCCCGCCCUCCGCCACCCCCCCUUUCCUGUCAUGGUUACAGAAUCACAGCAAGCUUGGAGUUUCUGGUUGUCAUUUUGUUAAUGCAAGAUUUCCAUACAUGUUCUGUGUCACUUUUCUUUGUUUACUAAGAUCUUGCUCUGUAGUGGUUCAUAUAUAUAUCUGUGUGUGUGUGUGUGCGCUUGUGUGUAUGUGUGUGAUGUCUAUAUUGCCCUCCUUCCCCUUCCAAUAUUUAGUGAUCAAUUUAUUGUAGUGUGCAGACUACACAUAGUCUCAUUUAAUGGUAGCGCCUUCCCUCAGCACCCCCCUAUACACACACACACACACACACACUUGUGAUGAAAGACACUGACGUACACUUUGUAGUUGCCGUGGAUGACGUUAAUGAUGACGAUGGUGGUGGUGGUGGCUGUGCUGAUGGUCGUGUGAGCUGAGUGCUUUUGUUUUAGUUCUUGUGUGAACCGUGACAUCACGGCAGGGGAAAAGCAUCUCUUACUAUUGGAAUAUUUUUCGUUUCUCUCCUCUCUCCUCUCUGCUAGGACAACAUCGGGCACCGGCUGCUUCAGAAACAUGGCUGGAAGUUGGGCCAGGGCCUCGGCAAAACCAUGCAGGGACGCACGGACCCCGUGCCCAUUAUCCUUAAAUAUGAUGUCAUGGGAAUGGGACGGAUGGAGAUGGAGAUGGAUUAUGCAGAGGAUGCCACAGAGAAAAGACGAGCGCUUGAAGUGGAGAAGGAAGAGACAGAAGAACUACGGCAGAAAUAUAAGGAUCAAAUUGAGAAGGAGAAAGCAAUUGCAAAAGCCCUGGAAGACCUGCGGGCUAAUUUCUACUGUGAGCUAUGUGACAAGCAGUACACCAAACACCAAGAAUUUGACAACCACAUCAACUCCUAUGACCACGCUCAUAAGCAGAGGCUAAAGGAGCUCAAGCAGCGGGAGUUUGCUCGCAAUGUGUCGUCACGUUCCCGCAAAGGUGGAAAGAAGAAGGAAAAGAUGCUGCGUCGUCUGCACGAGCUGGCGGAGCAGAGGAAACAGCAGGACUGCACACCAGGAAGCGGGCCCAUGUUCAAAACGACCACGGUGGCGAUAGACGGCAAGAAAGCCGAAGAUGGAGACAUCUUUCUCCCUGAGAGUACUUUUGUGACAGAACCUGCCAUGGAGGUCCGUGUCCCAGAGAAACGUGAACAACCACCGCCGAAGCCCGCGCCGACAUUUAGCUUCUCCCUUGGCAAGAAGAAAAACUGCUCCUCACCGACCGCCAGCGCAUCUUCCAAAGUCAGCGUGUCCUUCUCCUUUGCCAAGAAGGCGCCAGUGAAGCUGGAGACGGCCGCUGCGGUGUUUACUGAUCCCGGCGAGGCAAUCGAAGGUGAGGAGGAAGGGGAAGAGGGAGAAAAGGUUGCGGUGCAGGAGGAACUCUCCAUUUGCAACACUGACAGCCCCAAAGGAGCCAACCGGGAUAGUGAUGGAGGAGAGUCCAGCAUUGCGACUGGGACAGAAGAGGCGCAGCAGUCGAAUGACGGAAGCUCGCUGGCUUCCACACUCAAUAAGCUGAAAAUGAUGAUGAGGAAGGACGAGGGCUACACAGGACAGGAGCCUCAGUACUACCACUACAUGCCUCCAGCGCACUGUCGAGUGAAGCCCCACUUCCAGUUCCUGCUCUUCAUGAAGGCGUCUGAGCAUAAUCAGAGUCAAGAAGACGAAGAGGAGGAUGAAGUGCAGGAGGAGAAGGUUGAGAACGCGUCUCAGGAGAGCAACACUGUCGAGUGCUGCAACGACGAGGAGGAGGAGGAUGAAGAUGAGGAUGCCAUCACCACCGCAACUCCUGAAGCUCAACAGACUCCCCCGGCUUCAAAAGCGAAUGAAGAUGACAACACUUUGAACACAGUAGAGGCAGCUCCCGAGGUUCCUUCUUCUCCCACGCAGAAAGAAAAAAGCUCAUCACCACCACCGGAGCCUUUGGAGUCCAACUCGGGUCCCAAGAUCCCAGUGGGUCCGUUCUUCCCCGUGUUGAGUAAGGAUGAGAGCACCACCUUGCAGUGGCCCUCCGAGCUCCUCGAGUUCACGAAAGCGCCGCCCGCCCUGUCUUACAGCUGCAACCCUCUGUACUUUGAUUUCAAGCUGUCUCGGAACAAAGGCGCACGUUCCCGCAAGGUCGCAAAGUCUCCCAAGCCUAGCGAGCCUCCCGACAAAGAAAAGCGGAGAGAAUCGACAACCUCAAAAACGGAACCGGUCGCAAAGGUGAAAGCCGCAGCAAAGACGGAGCUCAACAGUGAAGAGCCCGCUACGAAGGCGGAGGGUGGCCAGUCUGAGGGUGACGAUCAAAAAGCGGCGAAGGGUGGCGGCGGCGCCAAGAAGAAGAAGAAAAAGAAGAAGCACAAGAAGUCGACAAAGCAUUCAAAGCGCAAAGCAAAAGAUAAAGAUGCGGCUGCCGAAGAGGCCGAGGGGGAGGCUGAACCAACUCAAGAGACGCCCAAGAAGAAGAAAAAGAAGCACAAAAAAAAGAAGAGCAAGAACAAAGCCGUGGAUCAAGAGGAGGCUCCAGGUGAGGAAAAGGAGAAAGCCAAGGUUAAGUCUGAAGAUAAACCCGAUCCUUCUCCGGGGCAGGUUCCCGCUGGAGGAGUUGUAGGAACUGGGAAGAGGAAGCGGGCUAUGAAGAAUCCCCUAAGCAGGUCGGGAGUGGAGGAAGGGGCCGCAGGAAAAAGCUCAGACAAAGCUGCUAGCUCUGAGGAGCACGGCAGCAGCAAGCGACUAAAAACCGACUCCGUUCCAUCCCAGAGCGCCUCUUGUUCCACCUCGGCCCAGAGGAGCCCCGGUCCCGGAAGACCUCCCAGCAGCGAGAGCGAAGAAGAAGGCGGUUCAACCACCCAGCAAUCACGCCACCACCGCUCGAGUCCUCGGGAAGAGCGGCGCCAUCACAGCGAGGAGUCGAGGCGCUCCGGCAGCCGCUCUUCUAGACGUGGCAGCAGCCGUCGGCGGCACCACCGCAGCAAGACCUCCCAGAGUCGCUCUUAUUCCAGCAGCUCCGAGCGCUCCUCGGCGGGCAGCAGCGCCUACAGCCACCGAAGCCGCAGCUACUCCGACAGCUACAGCGACUACAGUACCGAGGGGCACCGGCGCAGGCACUCCAAGCGCUCGUCGGACUCGGAUUACGAGAGACGGGGCAGCCGAGGCCACCGGCGAUCCAGGCGGCACCAGUAUACCUCGUCAUCCUCCGAUGAUUCCCGCUCACGGUCGCGCAGCUACAGCCGCAGGAAGCGGCACCGGCGGCACCACCGCAGCACCUCCCGGAGCUCCAGUAGCUGGAGCCGCAGCACCAGCGCAAGGUCCUGGAGGCGCAGCUACAGCCGGAGCCGCAGCUCCGGUAGCCGCUCUUCCAGCUCCGCCAAGGGAUCCCCGCACCGCCGGAGCGCUCGCAGCCGAGCGGGCAGCGAGACCCUCCGCAGGGACUUUAACCGCUCCAGCGUCUAUUGCUCGCAGUCCCCGCGAUCCGCCUCACGCAGCCUUAAUCGCCCGGCCACCGCCUCGCAGGCGCCGCGGCUCGGCGGAACCCGGGAUGCAGGCGAGUACAAAAACUCCCUCACGGCACGCCAGCUCCUGGAGAAGAUUCAGUCGAAAAAGAAUGCAGAUGAUCGUGUCACCAAAUCCGGUUUAAAGAUCAAGGACCCGCCGCAGGGAUACUUUGGUCCCAAACUACCCCCAUCCACCAAAAGCAUGCUGCCGCUUUUCGGUAAACUUCAAGCAGGAAAGAAAACACCCGUGAUCACCCCGAACAGAACGGAAGAGUCUGACAAAUCUGGAGCAGGGAAGAGCACGGAGGCUGACGGAGAAGUUAUCCUGGUGGAGCCCAUCAGGGAGUUCCCUCCACCGCCGCCACCUCCAGUCGCACAGGUCCUGAAGGUUGAGGAGACCCCACAGAGUGCAACAGUCCAGGAGGUGACGGAGCAGCCCACCACAGAGGCUCAGGUGCUACAAGAACCCCACCUGCUAUAUGAGCAGGACUCCUCCAUGAUGAUACCUCAGUACCAAGGGGAACUGGGCCAGGAGCCCUUGCAGAACCCCAUGAUGGAGACCAUCAUGCCCGACAUGCAACAGCAGCAGCCCCCGAUGCACGCCUAUCCCAUGUACCCGCCCUCUGGCCUGGAGGAGGACGGCCUGGAGGCGGAGGAAGAUGGCCUGGCCCCGCUGGAGAGUCAACCCAUCACGUUCACGCCGGAGGAGAUGGAGAAAUAUAGCAAGCUGCAGCAGGCGGCGCAGCAGCACAUCCAGCAGCAGCUGCUGGCCAAGCAGGUCAAGAGCUUCCCGUCGGCCGCCGUGGCCGCCGCCGCUAACCUGCCGCAGCCGCCCCCCCCGCCCACCCUGCAGCAGAUCCACAUCCAGCAGCCUGCCGUGUCGGUGGCGUCGGGCACGUCCAUCGCCACCGUGCAGCAUGCCAUCCUGCAGCACCACGCCGCCACCGCAGCCGCCAUGGGCAUCCACCCCGCGCACCACCCGCACCACGCCCAUGCCCAGCUGGCCCAAGUGCACCACAUACCCCAGCAUCACCUCACCCCCAUUUCCCUUUCUCCACUUGGUCACACUCUCGGACACUCGCUGGGACACUCGCUGGGACACGCCGGGCUGAUCCCCGCCCACCACACCGCCUUCCUUUCCGGGCAGCCCAUCCACAUUAUCCCUGCCUCAGCGCUCCACCACACACCCCUGGCGCUCCACCACGUGCCCCACGCCGCACUCUACCACCCUACGCUGUUCACGCCAAGGGCCUCGCAGGCUGCGGCGGCAGCGGCGGCUCUCCAGCUCCACCCGCUCCUCCACCCUAUCUUCUCAGGGCAGGACCUCCAGCAUCCACCUAACCACGGCUCAUGAGCAGGUGAGAAGUCUGAUUGAACACUUAUUCCUCUCUUUUGGAGGUUUUUGCAAAUAUUUUUUUCUCCUAAGAUUUUCUCCAGACACUGGCUUGGUUUUUUCAUGCGGUACUCAAACAGGAUUUUUUUUUUUUUUUUUUUUUCUUAACCACUUGUUUUUUUCCCUGUUGUUUAUGUUCCUCUACAGCCAGUGACAAAAAAGAGAAAAAUAGGACUUUAAUAGGACUACUUUUACUCACUUGCAGUAAUGUGUACAUAUCUAAGUGUGCAAUCUGAAGAAUCCCACCCAAAGAAGCGUCGGUGGCCUAUAGAUCAUUGCGACCAUUAUUCACGUAACGAUCCGAGUCGCCCCCAAUUCGCAAUGCCAGGUGACAUUUCUUGCACUGAAAUCUGAGUCAAUGAUUGUAGUAUACUGCAAUAAUUUGUUUUCGUUUUUAAAUUAUUUUCCAAUAUGAGCUUUUCAAAGAAGGGUGUUUUUUUUUGUUGCUCUGUAUUUUUUUCUGUAAAUAAAGCUGCUAUAGAAUAACCUUAACAUUCUAGCAGUUGUUAUUGGUCAAGGAAGUUGCUCACCUGCCUCGAUGGGUCUAGGGAGGAUGUUCAAACUGUAGCUACUCUGUAUUUUGCUUUAAAACGGGAAUUGUGUCACCCAAUAAACCCUUGAGUUCA